CCCUCAUAUCGCUGGCCUAGUUAUCGACGUUGCUGUGGAUAACAUUUAACAUUACCUUGUAUUCCAUUGGCAACUAAAGUACUGCGGUAUACUGCACCAACACUACGAUCUUAGAUUCUACCGCAAUUGUCAUCGAGCAUCGCCGAGGGGCCGAUAAGACACAAGUAGUCCUCCAACACCAAAACACAAACUUCUUUAUUCGAACCAGAGGAUAAAGACUUCGAUUUCAACCUCGCCCCCGUACGAAAUGUCUACGGCGAUUCAAAGUCACCGCCAGCAACCGGGCCUUGCAUGCGAAGAUUGUCGGCGACGGAAGGCCAGGUGUGAUCGCGUCCGUCCUGUAUGUGGCUCCUGCCAAGAUUCCGGCAAUACGUGCCGUUAUGUCGACAAGUGGCCACGGCGAGGGCCAAGAAAAGGGCAGAUGUUAGCGCUUAAGAAUCUCGUUACUAAUCUCGAGCAACGCCUCGGCGAGCAGAUGAGAAAAGCGCAGCCUGACCAUGACGCUAUUCUAUCGGAUACUCGAAUAAAUCCCGAUGCCUCACUUGCAGAAACAGAGCCAGCGACACUCUCAACUCAUUUGGAGAACGACACUCUUGGUAGUGCAGCCUUUGAAAGCACUGGUCUCGAUUGCACGAGUCUCGAAAGUACAAAUGUUGAAAACACAGGACUAUCAAGCACUCUUCCGGAAAGGACACUCUUUCAAAUCCCUGGUUUCGUAAAUGUUGAUAUGAACUCCGUUUGGGGGUUGCACGGAAGCCCAAGUAAUGCCAUGUUUGACCAAACUUUCAUCAGCGAUUGGCUUGAUGGUGACGCAGAUCUAUCACCUCCAAAGACAGUAUCCGGUACGCAGCAAGUCUUCACACCAACAAACAUGCAGCAUCUCGGUGGCUGCGCUCUAUCAGACCUGAUGAAGGUAGAUCUUGAUGAGCUAUACUUCGACAGGGUCUACCAAGUUGCGCCAAAUAUACACAGGCGAAACUACUUCGCCUCGGUAAGCCAGAACUGCCCAUCUCCCGCCCGGAUAGCACUGCAGUACGCCAUGCGAGCAGUCGCUGCCGCUGUCUCGGCACAGUACCGGCCGCUCUCGAGCAUGCUGUGCGCCGAGUCGCGCCGGGUUCUUGAACAGAUGGAUGCCGACGGCGCCGGCGACUGCGGCGAGACUCCCAUAGAACAGAUCCAAGCAUGGCUGCUGGUGGCCCACUGGGAGCUGCUUUGCAAGCAUGAGCACCAGGCCAUGCUCACUGCCGGGCGCGGAAUCCGCAUGGUCCAGCUGGCGCGGUUUCACGACGUCGAUGCAUGCAGCGUCCCGUUCAUGUCGUUAGGCGCAGAGUCACCUCUGGUUUCACCAUCCCUUUUGUCCGGCGAUGAAACAUUUGCACAGGUUGAGGAAAAGAGGCGGACGUUCUGGCUUGCGUACUGUUUCGAUCGAUUCUGCCUCAUGCGUAGCGGAUGCCCAUUGUCCCUGCAAGAAGAUUCGAUCCGCACACGCCUUCCAGCACCAGAGGAAAACUUCCACAACAGCGAACCGAUCCGGAUGGGUUUUCUGCCCGAGGCACUAGCACGUAACGGCUGCACCGUGCUUCCCCCAUUCGCCAAAUGUGUCGUCCUAAACAGCUUGUUCAGCCGCUGCAUGUCAUACCAACGCUUUGCCCGGGCUGAGCUCGUCUCCGCAGGGGCCGACUCACGGAAAUCAUGGUUUGCCCUGGCCCUCGAAAAGCGGAAGCAGCUGCUUGUGCAGAGCCUGCCCGACUGUACCGACGCCGUCGACGAUCCCAUGCUGACCUUCGCGUAUGCGCUGGCUGCCUGCGCCGCCAUUUACGUAUACCAAGCGAUGGCACAUUCGAUGGCUUGGACGACCGUCAACCACGAAAGCGCGGAUCCUGCGUACGAGGAGCAAGCGUUGCAGGCGGCGAGCGAGCUGGCCCAUUUCGUCAAGAUGAUACCGCGCUCUAUCAGCCACUUUAAGACACACCCGUUUCUACCAACCUUGAUACAUCAGGCUGCUGUGUUUCUCAUGGGGCUUCCAGGAUCACUAAAUCCUACUACAACAGGUCAUAGCAACCGAGACGAUGACUUGAAUACACUACUUGGAUCUUUGAGGAAUUUACAGCAAACAAAGAACCUGUCACGCUGCCUAUUGACCAAGUUAGAGCAGGAUGUUCAACUUGUUGGUGAGCAGCACAUAAGCACGCAACAGGGUAACAGAAAGGUUAGUGACAGUAGCAGGUAGAUUCCAGUACAUGAUAGACGACUACCAACGAGGAAAAGAAAGAGAG